AUGAGUAUUUCUACGAUAGGUGAUGUCACUUUAUAUCCAUGUGAUGAAAAGCUUGUUAAAAAUGGAUGGUUUAAUGAUAAUUUGAUUUGUUAUCAAAUUGAAUACAUCAAAAAGGAAUUUCCAUUAAAAGGUACUUUGAUAAUCGAUCCAUUAGGAUUUGUGUUAUUAAGUCUGGGAGAUGAAAAACAACUAUUAAACGAUUUAAAUGCAAAAGAAUAUCAUCACAUAAUUAUCACAGUUAAUGAUUUAACGGAUAAUAAUACUGUAAAUAAUGGAUCACAUUGGACACUUCUUUAUAUUGAUAUACUUUCCAAAAUUGGAUAUUACUAUGACAGUGUUCCUUCUCAUUCUACUUUUCAUGCAGAAGUUCUUUUAAAUAAAAUAUCUCUUUAUUUUGGCUUUCCUAUUGCUUUUCAUAAAGCACAUUGUCCCCUUCAAACAAAUGGACUCGAUUGUGGACCUCAUGUUUUAGCAAACAUUUAUGCAAUUUGUACUUUGUUAAGUGAUAACUUACAUGACUUUGAAGUACUUCAUCCACAUUAUACUGCUUCAGAAAUUCGUUCAUUAGUAUAUUCAGAAAUCCAUCAUCUUUAA